AUGGAGCACUUGCGAAAUCUCCAUAUGCUCUUGGAGGAUGGAUUUAUCAGCAAGGCCGAGUACGAGCAUAGACGGCAGCAGCUCAUCGACAAACUUACCGACACCACCCUUGCUCGUUCCUCAGCCGAAGAUGUCGAAGAUGAGAAGAGUGGCAGCAGCCAAAAGAAGGUCGGUAAGGAGAGGCUCCACCAAGGCAGCUCUACCACGAGGAGAGGCGAAAGAAAGGGGGCAAGCUCUUCCCUCGUCGCCCGGGUGUGCAACGAACGCACGUCGGCUGCUACUUCGACAACCAGCACAAGCACCACAUCUACGUACGAUUCUGGCGUCGCCCGCGGGUUCUCCCGUACUCAAGGUUUGCGCUACGAGCCCUACAGCACCCCUGUGACCAGGUAUGUCAAGACUGCGGAUCCGGCGAUGGACAUGGCCCAAAAGUACACGCUUUCGCGAAAGAUUGGUCAGCUGCCUGAAGAGACCCUUCCUUUGGUGCUCAAGAUAGUCGAACGCCUCUCUCCGCAAAACCUUCUUCAGUCAGGGGAGGAUUGGACGUUUGACCUCGAAACGCUCGAUAAUCGUACGUUGUGGAAGCUGAACGACUACGUCAAUGCCCAGAUCAAGCACCACUUUGGCGAAAAGGACAACACUCCCGGGGACAACCACGAAGCGAUCGUGAAGGAGAAGUCUUGCUCCGCUACGACUUUCGCCACCGGUGAAAGCGAUCCUGAAAACGACGAGUACGAAGAUAGCGGCGCGGGGCUGGAACUCGACGAUGACGAAGAGGAACGGGACUAUGCGAGGGUCUACAGCCAAGACCAGUGGCAAUCCAAGCACACCGAGGAGCUGAAGGCGGCCAAGCGGCCUAGGCCGUACGUCACCUUUGGAGCUGGCGAAAAGCGAACGAAGAAGGAAGACAUCAAAAAGAAGGGCAAGGAGCGGCGAGAGCACCAGAGAGCGAUCGCAGCCAAGCGCCUCCGGAGCCAGGAGAAGGAAAGCGAAAGCGAUGAGGACGAUGACGCGGCCGAGUGGCCCGGCGGCUCUUUCACGCGGCAGACUACCGAGGCCAUGCAACUCGAUAGGGACAGAGACGCGGUGGACGAAAUGGAAAAGGAGUCCGAGAGCGAGUAUGAACGGGAGGAGUACGAAGAUCCGGAGUACACAACCGACACGCAACUCAAGCAGGAGGACGACGAAGAUGAGGGGAGCGAUGGCGAAGAGGAGGAAAGCGACGAAGACUGGACCCCUGCAGAUGCCAAGCCGAUCAGCGACGACAGAAUGCGCCAGCAGGUGCACGUCGAACCGAGAUCGGCCUCGCCGCCUCGGCCGACCGAGGACAAAACGGGGGUGGGCAAGGCGAAGGAGCGGAAGCCCCCAUCAGCGAUGGUCAAGCAGGAGCCCGAGCCGGCGGUGAAGCGGGAGAAGGACGACGCAGGGCCGGGAAAACCGUUCAAGAUCCAGGUCUGCAUCUACAGUCUGGCGAAGAAGUCCAACACGAAGAAGCCCUACGUCUGCGACGCUUGCGAUAAAAGCUUCGCCGAUCGAUCGAAUCUGAUCCAACAUCUGCGGGUCCACACGAAGGAGAAGCCGUACGGCUGUACAUACGACGGCUGCGAAAAGCGGUUCGCCCACUCGGCCUCACUCAAAGAGCAUCUCUACACUCACACCGGCGACAAACCCCACGUCUGCCAUUGUGGAAUGAGCUUCGCGCAGGCGUCCAACCUACGGCGGCAUCAGCUGGUCCACACUGGCGAGAAGCCGUUCGCGUGCAAGGUGGAUGGCUGCCGGAAGAGCUUCACCCAGAAGAUCAACUUGAACUUCUUCUCCGGACCUCAGGCACAGCAUCUGAAGCGGGUUCAUCGUAUCACCGACGCGGAUAACGACAUCGACAGCGAGGACGCGAAGGUCAACAGUCGGCCCGCCAACAAGCGCAGCCGCCGGUCGACCACCACGACGACGUCAUCAGCUGCGCACUCCACGCGGAGCACGUCGACCGCGUCCCAGCUGGCGGAGUGCGGCUACGUGCAGCAAACGCGAAAGCGCGCCCCUCUUGUGCUUCCGCGCACAUCUUUCGCGGGUUUGAUUUCUUCUUCUUCGCGGAGCACUGGUGUACACCGCACCCGCCUUCUGGCCACCGCCGCCAAGGCCUCGUCUUCGACAUCUUCUUCCCCCUCCUCUUCGAAGCCGGCCCCCCGCAACGCUGAUCCCGAGGUCCUGCACGAGCAACUCGAUGCGUUCGCUGCGCGCAUCGGAUUCAAAUGGAACAACAAGAAGCUCCUGCUCCAGGCCUUCACCCAUCCCUCGUUUUCGCACGACAAAGAAGUCUCGAACCAGCGCCUCGAAUACUUUGGAGAUAGAACGCUCAAUUUCCUGGUGUGCGAGCACUUGGUGAACAAGUAUCCCAAUCUGCCGGCCCGGGCGCUGGCUCAUGCCACGCAUCUCUUCACCAGCAACGAAACCCUCACGACCGCGGGCAAGCGAUUGGGCGUGCAAGAUUUCGUCCGCUGGACGCCGCACGAGGAAGAGGACAGGGGCGAGGAUAUCAUCGUUGCCAACACGAUGGAGGCUCUGGUGUCCAGCCUCUACUUCGACCAGGGUCUCAAGGCGGCGAGGGAGUUCGUCGUGAAGCACAUCCUGCCCCAGGAUGAGAACCUGGACCUCAUUCCCUUCCUCAGGCAGAGGCUCCCCCGCCACACGCUCUCCGAUCUCCUCACCCGCCGGGGCUCCGGAGCUCCCUACUAUGUGGUCCUGCAAGAGUCAGCCAGGUACUCCAGCAAAUCGACGUUUGUGGUCGGUGUGUACUCCGACUCUCAGCUUUUGGGUCAGGGCUCGGGUCAGUCCAUUGGCAAGGCCGAGACUGCGGCCGCGCAGGAGGCGCUCAACAAGAUGUGGGGCGCGAAGGCGUACACCACUCUGCCCCCCAACGACUACUGA